AUGGCCUCGCCCCCACAAGGCGCCAGGCCCCUCAGCCACCACGGAGACAGGAGCCAGCCACAGGUGGAGGCCCAAGUCCACAGCCCACAGAGGCCACCUUCCCCGGGCACGGAGGGCCUGGGCGUGCACCUCGCCCAAAGCCCGGGACCUCGGGCAGCCCAGGGGCCCCGCAGGGGGGCUGGGGCGGCAUCUGCCCAGCGGGGUCGUCGCCCUGGCGCCCCAAUCCCGGUAGCCCGCAGCCGCACGCGGUUCAUCCACCGCUGGGGACACCCCACUUGGAUCCCAGUCGGCUCCCAGAGGAGCGAGCGGUCUCGGAUGCGGCGGCGCCGUGCCCAGGCACCAGGCUGGGCCCAUGAGAGACCCAUGGGGAGCCGCCGGGAGGAGGGGCUCCUGCGCCAGCCAAGCCUCCUGGACCGAGAUGCAGACCUCCUGGACACCGAGGAUGCCGCCAGGCCCCCGGCUGCCCUCCUGGAGGAGCUCCUGCUGGAGGGGCCGAAGCAGCCGCCUGUCACCGGGCAGGGCCCCGUCUUCUACAUCGGAGGCAGCAACGGGGCCUCGAUAAUCAGCUCCUACUGCAAGAGCAAGGGCUGGCAGCGCACCCAGGAUAGCCGCCGCGAGGACUACAAGCUGAAGUGGUGCGAGGUCAAAUGCCGCGACAGCUACUGCAGCUUCCGGGAAGGCGAGCAGCUGCUGUACCAGCUCCCCAACAACAAGCUCCUCACCACCAAGAUCGGGCUGCUGUGCGCCCUGAGGGAGUACUCUCGGGUAGUGAGCAAGGUCAACACUCAAGCCAGAUUUGGAAAGGACACAGCACCCACCCUUGAGGAGCUCCCGUGGACCAAAACCCAGAUGUGGAUCUGCAAGCCCACCGCCUCUAACCAGGGCAAAGGCAUCUUCCUGCUCAGGAACCAGGAGGAAGUUGCCGCCCUGCAGGCCAAGACCCAGAGCUUGGAGGAAGACCCCAUCUACCGCAAGAUGCCCUUCCGGGCGCCGCAGGCGCGCGUGGUGCAGAGGUACAUCCAGAACCCGCUGCUGCUGGAUGGGAAGAAGUUCGACGUGCGCUCAUACCUGGUCAUCGCCUGUGCCAUGCCCUACAUGGUCUUCUUCGCCCAUGGCUACGCCCGCCUCACCCUCAGCCUCUACAACCCCCAUUCCAGCGACCUCAGUGGCCACUUGACCAACCAGUUCAUGCAAAAGAAGAGCCCCCUGUACGUGCUGCUCAAGGAGGACACGGUGUGGAGCAUGGACCACCUCAACCGCUACAUCAACGACAACUUCAGCAAGGCCAAGGGUCUCCCCAGAGACUGGGUCUUCACCACCUUCACGAAGCGGAUGCAGCAGAUCAUGGCCCAGUGCUUCCUGGCGGUCAAAUCCAAGCUCGAGUGCAAGCUGGGUUACUUCGACCUCAUUGGCUGUGACUUCCUGAUUGAUGACAACUUCAAGGUGUGGCUGCUGGAGAUGAACUCCAACCCCGCCCUGCACACCAACUGCGAAGUCCUGAAGGAGGUGAUCCCAGGCGUGGUCGUGGAGACCCUGGACCUGGCGCUCGAGACCUUCCGGAAGAGCUCGCACAGCCAGAAGAUGCUGCCGCUGCUGUCGCAGCGCCGCUUCGUGCUCCUGCACAACGGCGAGGCGGACGUGUGGCCGCGCCCGGGGGGCAGCCCUGAGCGCUGCCCGGCCCCCACCGCCUACCCCAAACCCCUGGUGGGGGGCUCUGCACACCACGCGUGGGGGCCCCACCGGCCGUCCCGGGGCUCUGCACGGGCCCUUCUCAACGUGGACCCGCCCUGCCCGCCGGGCGGUCCCGCACGAAGUAAAUCCCGCAGGGCGGUGCUCGAGACCCUCCCGAAGCCCCAGCGGGGCCGCCCGAGGGGAAUCCCCCGCGCCCCCGCGCUGACGCCUGGGCCGGUGCGCGAGGAGUUUCCGCGCUGA